UUUCCUAAAAAUGAUAAAUCCACCGAUUCGUAUAGGAAACUCUUAAACUUUUUCGAAUAAGUAAAAAGAAAAGGAAAUGCGGUUAUCGUGAUCCAUGUUUGAGAAAUUUUUAUUUUUAUUUGUUAACAUUUCAUUUUCCAAAAAGAUAAUCGGUCUUAUGUUGUUCGCUUUAAUGCGAGCAUUUCGAUAUUAGCUAAGCUACUUAAAGAUUUUCAGCUUUCCAUGUAUGCUGGCAACCUUGGCGAAAAUUCAUGAUUUUCUUUUUAAUUCUCUUCGUGUUCACUUCUGUUUCAAUUCCACCAGCAAUAAUAUGUUUGCAUAUAUUUAUACAUAUAUACAUGCAUGUAUGUAUGUUUUUUGUUUUUACAUUUCUACAUAAAAUAUACGCAGAGUUGUGCAGCAGUUAGCAACCGGAGGGUAACAUACAAACAUACAUAGAAUAUAUAUAUAAUUUACAUGUAGAUAGAGUAGUUAGUAAAUAAUUGUGUACCUGAAUAUAAUAAAGAUGUAUGCAAGUGUAGAGAACGAAACGAAAUUUCCCCUUACUCCAUUUCUUCCCUCGUUCGUGAUCGUGUUCAUAUUACGUACCUGAGUAUGCUGCUUCAGUAGGAGAGAGAAUCUAUGAUUUCCCUUAAUAUGUUUCGCACGUAAAGCUGAGAAAUUGAGGGACGGCGGCAAACUCGUUAUUAUAUUAUAUGGCGUCGGCUAUUGCUAUUGCUGUAUUGCUGGCUGGCCUGUUUACCUCUCGUUUGUGGAUUGUCGUUCGUGAUGCGCCAGUUGAGUUUAGGCUGUUGGAGCUUUUGUUUGUGUCUGCUUAAUUUUUCGCGGUUGUUUUGGUGAAAAAGAAAGUUGAAGUCUGGAAAAUUUACAUUUACAGUUGCAGUUUCAAUAUUGUGAAGAAAUUCUCUAGUUAUAACAUUUUGGUACUACACUUAAACUUCAUUCAUUCAACGUCUACAAAAAUAGAAAAUUGAAAACACUGAAAACUCCAAAAUUAUAAUCUGCUGCGGGAUUGGUUUCCCCAUAUAAUUUUUCACCAUAAAUUGCCCAUCAUCAAACAAUACUGCUUUUAACAUUGGCGUCAUAACUACAUCCUCGUGGGACCAUCGCUGUCAGUUGGCGCCAUGGAGGACGAUCAGCAGUUUUGUCUUCGGUGGAACAACCACCAGAGCACGCUAAUAAGCGUAUUCGACACUCUGUUAGAAAAUCAAACACUCGUCGACUGCACAUUAGCCGCUGAGGGAAAAUUCCUUAAAGCCCAUAAAGUGGUGCUGUCUGCCUGCAGUCCAUUUUUUGCCACUUUACUGCAACAGCAGUAUGAUAAACAUCCAAUAUUCAUAUUGAAGGAUGUCAAAUACCAAGAAUUGCGUGCCAUGAUGGACUAUAUGUAUCGUGGGGAAGUGAAUAUUUCACAGGAUCAGUUAGCUGCAUUGCUAAAAGCCGCGGAAUCACUGCAAAUCAAAGGUCUGUCAGACAACCGCAGUGGUAGUACGCCGAAAACAGAACAACACCGUGGUUUAAAUGUACCUGGAAGUGGUAGUAAUAUCGGUGGUGGUGGUAAAUUGAGUGGUUAUACACUCGAGCAGACGCAGUCGAAACGUCCUCGCGUUGGACCAUCCCCCAUGGAGACUGCCGAUAUAUCAGGAUCCCGCGAGGGCUCAUCUAGUCCAUCUAGACGUCGAAGGAAAGUUAGACGCAGGAGCGUCGAAAAUGCUAUGUCCGCAGACGUUCAUGACAAUUCCAACUCUUCUCAAAUCAAUCAAUCGUCACUUCAGCCACAACAACAACCACAAACCAAUGCAAGUCUAACUGGGGUUGGGGCCUUAGCGGCAGCCACCUCUUCACUUCCAGUUUCGGCAUCCGCACUAUCGACCGGUUCAAGUGGUGUUUUAGCAGCAACUGGUUCCAUAGUUAGCACACAAGGCACUACUCAGCAAAUGACCACAAACAUUACCAAAAAGACUGAAAGCGUUAAGGGAGCAAGCGAUGCCAUGAAUUCAGAUAAUAUACCAACAGUGGGUGUAGUUGGUACCGGGGACGAACAAAAUGUUGAACAUCUUAAGGGUGAAAAGUCCAAUCACAAACAAAAGUCAUCGGCAGCUGGUGUUGCUGGUAAAGAAACUGCCGAAAUGGUAAUCGAACCGAAAAGUGAAUAUGAAGAAGAAGGCAAUGAGGAAACCGUUGAAGAUUUAACAUUAGACGAUGAGGAAAUGGGUAUGGACGAUUUAGAUCAAAAUGCCGGUACAAGUCAAGCUGGUGAAGGAUCGAGUCAAGGAUAUGCACCGUGGCAACAUGACAGAUCUCAGGACGAGUUAUUAUUGGCGCCACAAGAAGCACAGCAACGGGAUCCACAAGUGAAGCAUGAUAAAUCGGAACAGACGGACAUUACACCCGAGGAAUUCGAAUUGGACGAUUGCCUGCUGGAGAGCAAUGACAUCGUGAUUACCCAGAACAAAGAUGGCUUUGUGUUGCAUGUGAAGAAGUUGGGUAAUAUAACAACGGCUAAAAUUGCGCCCACGGAUGAUGAACAAACAGUCGCUACCAAUGUUAGUGAACUUAAUGCUCAAGCGCAUAUAACGGAUGUGCAAAAUAUUACAGAUGUAAAGCCCACAUUAGCAACGUUGACGAGCACCCCCAUUAAGCUACCUUCCUCCGAGUGUGAACUGAUCAAUUUGAAGAAGAUAAUACCGACGGUCUCUACAAUCGCGACACACCAACCUUCUGCAACGAUCAUACAAUCACACCAAUUCGGACAGCAACCGCAUACAUCACAUCAGCAUCAGCACAGUCAUGAAUUGGAACAACAACAGCAACAACAACAACAACAUCAGCAAAUCCAACAAAUGCAAACACAUCCGCAAGUACAAAGCAUCGUUACCACACAUCCACCACACCACACACAGACAAUCAAUUUGAUGAGCCUGCGAAAUGUACAAAUCGCCGAACAAAAACCGGUGGCAUCGCGUAUCAAAUAUUCACGUGGCAAAAUAAUAACACCACAAAGCACCACCGCCACCAGUGUACAAAUCGUGGAAGCACACGAUGCUGAGACGCAACACCACCACCAACUAACCGAAGGCACGAAAUAUGAAAUAAGUGAAAUCGAUUUGAAUAAUCCAUCGGCGUCGGCGGCGAUCAUCAGCGAUUUGGUGAAAUAUGCUGAAAUCGAUGACAUCGAACUGCCGGAUGGCACCAAAAUCGGCAUCGGUUUUGCACCAACCGAAAUCACCGAGCACAUACAAACCAGCGUAGCGACGACGGCACAAGUGGCGACGGUCGACGAGGACUCCGAGCAGGCGAUGCAUCAUCAUCAUCAUCACCACCAUCAUCAUGUGCAGCAUUUACAGCAAUCGCAAGUGCAUCACAUACAUCCGCAGCAUAGUCAUCAUUCGCAAUUGCAGUUGCAGGAACAGGAUGAUGCCACAACGAGCGUUGAGGCAACUCUCUUGCCCGACGGCAUUACACUGCACGAACAACCGACGAUCACCAAGAGUUACACCAUACUGACGACGCGGCCCAUCAAACAGGAGGGCGCCACCAGCAUUGACGGCACCACAACCACCACUUACGAACUGUCGUUGAGCGAUUCGUCGAUGCAUCAGGAUGAUGCCGACUCAAAGUAUGUGUGUCGUCAUUGCGGCAAGAAGUACCGUUGGAAGUCGACAUUGCGGCGUCACGAGAAUGUUGAGUGUGGCGGCAAAGAGCCGUGCCACCCGUGCCCGCACUGCUCUUACAAGGCCAAGCAACGCGGCAAUCUCGGCGUACAUGUGCGUAAGCACCACCCCGACAAGCCGGCAUUGGAAAGCAAGCGCGGCCGCAAAUAAGGUGCUUCGUGUUUUUUACGGAGGAACGUAACUGUUGCUAGUACAAUUGUUAGUUGGGAGAGAAAUCUUUAGUUUUCCACUUUUUUCUGUACAUAAUUCUGUGUAUGUAAUGUCAACCGACACCCUGUGCUGGUACAUAUGUAUGUACAACGUGCUAACUGCGUAUGUAUUGUAGUAACUACUUUUAUUUACCUACCAAAAACUGGUUGAACUUAAUUUUUUUUUGCAAUUAAUGAGCCCAGUUAAGACUUCAAUUAGUUUUCAUUAUAUUGAGUUUUGGUUGCCGUUAUUGAUUCGAAAUCAAUACGUAGAGACUUACUUGCAACCAUUUACAACAUGAAUAUUUUCUUGUGGCAAUAGGACGGCUUUAAUUUGGAGUGUCCAAUUUAUUUUUAAACUAUUCUUUAGUAAUUAAAUUAUAACAAAUAAUUAUAGCACUAUAAAUGCGAAACAUUCGCGAGCACGUCUGUUUUAAGUGUUUAUGGAGAGAAGAGAGAAACAGCGCAAGCUUUAUUAUUGCUGAUUUGUUUGCAAUUAAAAGGAGAUUCAUUCGUAGAGUUCUAAAUUUCAAAAACUUACUUUGCAAAAAAAGUAAAUGUAAAAUUUUCUUAGAUCAAAAAAUAUAUUUGAAAAAAUUUUAAAAAAUAUAGUUUUUACAAAAAAAAAAAAGAAUUACUUUGUAAUUUUUUAUUUUUAUUCUGAAAGUUAAAUUCUGAAUAUAAUUUUCAGUAGUGUUAAAUUCAAAGUUUUGCUAAUUAAUAUUUUAAAUUCAAAACCUACUUUGCGUACAAUUAUUUACCGAAAGUUUUCUAUAAAAAGAGAAUUCAUAAUUUAUUAUACAAAAAAAUUACAUACAAAAGAAUCAAAUUCAAACAACUUAAAGUUUAUAAAAUAUUAAAUUAAAUUUAUUUUUUUUUUUUGAAAAAGUUCAAAUCAAAGUUUUUCCAUGCAAAAAACUGAAAAUCAAGGUUUUUUUUUAAUAAUUCAAUUUUAAAACUUGUUAAUUUCUUUAUAUAAGAAAAUAAUUAAAUCUAAAGUUAUUCCUUGAAUAUAAAUUCAAAUUCAAAAUGUACUUUGCAAAUAUUACGUUCCAUAUUUUUCAAUUUAAAAGAAUUUCAAUUCAAAAGUGUAAUUAUAAAGCAGUUAACUUCAAAUAUUAUUUUAAUAAAAAUUAAUUUAAAGGUUUGCUUUGUAACAAAUUAAAAGCAAAAUUUAUUCGCAAAAAAUACAUUAUGAUUUUGGGCUUGCAAAAAAAUUCUAUAAAAAUUUUUAUUAGCAAAAAAAUUUAUACUUAAUUAAGUUUUUAAAAAGAUAAUUAAAAAGAUAAAUUUUACAUUCAAUGUCUUGCUCUGUAAAAAAAUAGGAGGCAAAGUUUUCCUUUACAAUAAUUUUAAUUCAAAAUUAAGCUUUAUAAAAUUAAAUUUCUCAAUUUUAAAUAUUUAAAUUAUUUUUGCCAGAAAAAAUUUAUAAUCAAAGUUUGUCUUGAACAAAUUAAAUGUAAAUUUUACUAUUUUGAUUUAAAGUAUUUUUUACUUAACAAAAAAAAUUAAAUUAAAUUGUUUUGAAAAAAAGUUAAAUUAAAAUUGUUUCGCAAGAAAAAAAAAUAAAUUAAUAUUUUACUUUGCAAAAAUAUUUGAAUUCAAAAUUUUUACUUUGCAAUAAAUUUAAUUUUCCCAAAAUUUCUUUUCCAAACAGUUCCAUGAUUUUUCUCAAAUAGCAGGGGCACCGCCACCAUCGCGCACAUACAUACAUAUGUACAUAUAUGUAUAUAUUUUCAAUUUGAAAAAAUUGCACAUAAAAAUCCAGAAGCCGUAAGAAAAACAAAAACCUUUAGAAUGUGGUCUAAAACGUUACACAAAGUCUAAUUCAAGGCGCGCAAAGCAUUCGUUGGAGGUGAAAGUGUGAGGGCAUUAUCAAAAUAUUUCUUUGAUAACAACAACAAAACUACUUACUAUAACGUAGAAAAGCUUUUUAAAGUACUAACUAAGCUAAUUUUAGCUGUACAGUUAUUAGACAUACUUAAAUGCAAUUUUUCAAGUUGUAUAGUAUAUUUUCAAAACUUUAUUUUUUGCUUGAUUAUUAUACCUGUAAAAAAAUGUUUAGUGAAUGUUGAUGCAUAUUAGCAAAAAUUAAGUGUAAUUGCAUAUAUAAGCAGAAACAUGAUCUGGCGAAUGUAAAAAUAAAAAAAAAUGCACAACCAGAAGAUUUCGCUGUAGGUUAAUGAAAAAUCUUGUGUGAACGUAAAAAGUGGAACAAAUAAAACAAUUACAUAAAUGUAUGCAUAAAUAUAUUCUUAUAACAAAAAUUAUGAUGUGUGUAAAGGAAUUCAAGAAGCAAAAAGAAAAAAAGUAGGAAAAAGUAAAAAAAAAAAACCAAUAACAGUAAACCACAUGCAUUAAACGAAAUUUUAAUUUUCAAUAAAAAUUUAUUAACUGUACAAAAAUAAAAAAAAAACAUAACACACAUAUGCAUACAUACACAUUUGUAUUUGUAUGUAAUUACGCAAUAGUUAAAUAAUUAGUUUCUUAAUUAGUUCACUCUUCUUAAGGUAUAAGCUUGUGCACAGAAAACAAAAAA